UAAAGUGCAACCACUAACCACUUUAGGACAAAGAGGAACGACGUCAAACGCACAACUUUAGUGAACCUCAUUUUACAAUUUUUUUAUUUAACUCCAAAAUCUUCAAAUGCGAAGACUUUUAGCCAUGUCCUGCCCCGAAGGACAGUAUGAACACAAAGGUUCCUGCUGCAAAAAGUGCCCAAAAGGGACCCACAUGUCGCCAUCUGACUGUAAUCAGUGUGAACCGUGUCCUGAUGGUUACUACACAGCAAUUGAAAAUUCUCUAGAUAACUGUUUGCAGUGUCAGUUAUGUGAUUCCAAAUGUCAUCUGGAAAUCUCAAAGUCUUGUACAGCAGAAAGUAACGGAACCUGUAAGUGUAUGAAGGGCUUCUACUGUACUGGACACAUUUUUCAAAACGGUGAUCAUCACUGCACAGAAUGCAAGCCAGUCCAUCUCUGUCCACCAGGAAAAGGAGUUUCUUUUCACCCCAACAGCACACAUGACACGGUGUGUGAGCCCUGUCCAGCAGGAACCUUCAACAAUUGGACCGAUUCUUCCACAACUUGUCAAACUCACACCAGUUGUUCAGCUGCCGGUCGGUAUUUGAUAUCAGAUGGAACGGCAGAAACAGAUGCUAAAUGUGGAGAUUUUGUGUCUCGUUGUCAUUGGAUGAUUCCUGCUAGUUUGUGGGCGGGGCUUAUCCUGACACUCAUCCUCAUGGUCAUUGGGGUUAUUUGUCUGAAGUCCAAGCGUAAAAGAAAAGCAGUGAUAACUUUGGUGAGUUCUGAGAAUUUCGUGUCGCCAGGUCUUCCUCCAGACAUCAUCAAGUGUCCAGGAAGUUCCGAGAUGCAUGCACUCACUCACAACAAUAAAAUCUGUGCUGAAGAGGAUGAGGACGCUUUCGAGUGCGACAGCGUUUCCGUGAAAGUGUUUUCAGAGAAAUUUGGAGCCUUCUCCAUCCCGGACACGUCCUUCACCAGUGAGCCCUACAGGUCUGAGCCGCAGGAGGACGACUGGCCUGGACUCUGACGCCCUCAGCUUUUGCUGCCUUCUCUCUGGUUCCCUCACGCUGCCCUGUCAGACUCUGUCCCGCUGCUCAUUUUCAGGUUGUUGUUUUUUUUUGCCAAAUGCUUCGACACACAGGCUCCAUUUGACUGAUGAUGUGUGUAUUACCCAUAAUGCACUGCAAGGAGUCAGCCAUGUUACCUGGAACAUAACGCUGAAGUUUGGAGGUGUUUAAAGGAGAUACGCAGAGCCUUUAUUUUAAAAUACAUUUCUGAGUGGAUAGUAUCUCCAUCCUUGACUCUUGUAUGCUGCAUAAAUGGGAAUUAAAAAUAUAUUUUUGAGAGUUGAAAUUGACCGUAAAGUUGUGAUUGGAGCUGCGCCGCUGAGCCAGCCAGCCCUGAGUGCGUGAUGUCACAGCGGGAACCGGUUUUAAAGCCGAGGCCUUUUACAGCUAUAGACCAAAGUCAUAUCAAUAAAAAUUGAUGGUGAAAGUAAGAAAUAGCGUUACCGACUCGCUCAACUGAGACUGAUUUGACUUCACUGAUUGUGGGUUGACUCUCAGUAAAACAGGAUGGGUGUUAUAACUUAUGCAACAUACAUGUACAUGCAUGCAUUUUCACUGAUAAAACAUAAAAGGCUCAUUAAAUAAUCAGAUGAACUGAGACAAUCACAUUCUGAAGCAAAUUAAAUAAUCUUAUACCACUAACUUAAACACACAAUACAAGUUACAUGGAUUAAUCUAAAUGCAGGGAAACGACGUGUUGUUUUUUUUUAUCCAAAUGAGAGUCGGAGCUUACCCAUCUGUGUUCUCGCUUCUGGAAGGCCGAUCUUGUGGCCGAUUGUUUUGAAACAAUCUGACUUUCAGUUGUUCGUUCAGUUCUCCGUUCAUUCGCUUCUUCCACGUAAGGGUGAGAUAUUGCUGCUGAGGCGAGCAAAUCCAGUUUAGAAAUCAGGCGGCUGCUCCACUCAUUCUCCAUUUUCUCCAUACGGAGUACUCCGCCAUUACUGCUCAGCUCAGGCAAUUACUAAAACCCGGGACGGGACGUCACCGGUUUUAGCAACAACCGCGGGGAGGUCACUGCCCGAGCGAUAACCUGCCACAUCCCGUUCUGUCCUGGAUUUUAGCAACAACCCUCGGCUCACACUCCGAACUGGUGCAACUGAACUCACUUUCCUUUUCCUGUAGUUUUAUUUUCCUUUAAUUGUUGGUACUGCACCCUCUUUCAAUCCGGGCUUAUAGCCAACGCUCCUCAACAGAUCAGAGGUCUCGUACGAGUCUUCAGUAAAAUGUGCAGAGCAGAGGAGAGACCACUUCGUAGCCGCCCAAUGUGCCCGUGAACUUCUCGCAAAACGCGUCCAAAUCUUUGCAGUUUGAACUUUCUCGGGCCGUGAAUGCAACGUAAAUCCACCUUCUGUCAUGUUGCUGUACCGGCCAGCAACACAUCUACGUGGCAUGGCGAUAAAUUAGCUCUAAAUGGAGGAUCGGCGUUGCAGUCAGCUCUGUGUUUUAGUAUAGCGGAAAUGGCGAUGAGACCGAUAGACUUCCUGCUGUGACGUCACAGAUGCCAAGGUCAUUCACUCAGACCACUACCUAUAUAAAUCACUUUAAUCAUAAAAAUUACUAUAUUAGAUUUAUUGUUAACGCUUAAAACUAUUCCUGUGCCAUUCUUGAGUUCUCAAGGCAUUUAUUAACAAAAAGUGAGGCCACGGCUCUGCAUAUACGCUUUAAGAGCCGUGUCUCCUGAUCUCAUUUUCCUCCUCAACAUCUGCAGAAUGUCCAGCUCGAACAUGAUGCGUGACAAAAUAAUACUUCUGUUAAUUUUCUAUCCGUACUUCUUUUAAUGCGUUGAUGCAAUUUCAAUUCAGAAAGUCUGUUCUCGUCAAAACAAACAAACAAACAAACAAACAAACAAACAAACAAUCUUUUUCCUUUUAGAGUUGCAUUCAUGUGCGAAGCUGAUCUGAGCACAUACUGACGAGUAAUCAUGAAACGUUUAUUUCAGUUCUAUAAGUAAAUCAAUUAAAAUUUACAUGCAUGUAAAAUCUGAUCAUUCCUUUCAAUAAAUGUCUGAAGAAAUCAUCAAAACAUCAGUAAAUCAAACAUGCUGUCCACUGUCCAGGCUAAGUCGAAGUGUUGACUCUGGAUAUCGAUAUCGAGGAUUACAGCGUCCCCAAGUGGCAGCACCAGGUCAAUCCAUCUGCAAACUGUUUCUGCAGAAUUCUAUUUAUUUAUUUAUUUAUUUGUCUGAUCUUCACUGGACAUCUGAUGAUUGUUUCAACCUUCACAUGUUGAAUGAUUGCUGUAGCCUUAAAUAUGAAUCAUGCUGACCAGUACAACUAAUAAAGAAUAUGAAUCAAACUGAA